UCUGGAUAACAUGAAAAAUGACCUCGUCUUCACUCUGGAGUUGAUGAACAGUGACUUUACUGGGCCUGCUCCAUCCACUACCUUCCCAUUCGGCACCAGAAUUCCCAUCCGGGCCAAAGUGGAACAGCCGGAACUUGCACCGGUGUGGAUUUACCUGCAGUACUGCAUGCUGGCAAAUACUCCAAACCUCACUCAGGCCAGCCAGCUACAUAUGCUUAUUUCUGAUGCUGGGUGUCUCACAGAAAGCAAAGAAGGAAGUGCAACGUUUCUGCCCAGACGGGAGCCCUCAGAAAUCUGCCUUCAUUUCCAAGCUUUCAAAUUUGCCUUGGGAGAACAAGUUUUCCUUCACUGUGACAUGACCGCAUCGGAUCUCCAGAACUUUAGUGUUGAUAAGAAGGCCUGCCAAUAUUUGCAAAGCCAAAACAGGUGGGAGCUUCUGGAUGAUCCAACCCAAAGUUACUUCUGUAGCUGUUGUGACUUUACUUGUGUGCAUCAACCUGACUUUAACUCUGGGAUUUCUACACAGCAGGUUCUUGGGCCUUUUACAAUGGUUGAUUCUCAACCCAAUGCAUCAGACAAGUACAUGUUCUGGCCAACUGAACAAGGGCUGGGAGGUGUUCCUGUGUGGGUUGUGGCGCUUACUGUUUGCUUGGUGCUGAUCUUGAUUGUUGGAGUCAUUGCAACAAGCUACUAUCUGUGUUUUUGGAGAGGUGGAAGGUUGGGUUACCGACCAAGUCGAGAACUUCUGAAUAAAUAUUAA